AUGUCUGACGAUAAUGGCGGUCUUCCCAGCGAUGCCCCUCCUGCCGGUUCGGAGCAUCUGAACAUCAAGGUCACAGACAACAACAACGAGGUCUUUUUCAAGAUCAAGCGCACCACAAAGCUGGAAAAGUUGAUGACCGCGUUUUGUGAACGCCAGGGCAGGUCCAUGACGGCGGUGCGAUUCCUAUUCGAUGGCACGCGAGUCCAGCCUACCGACACGCCUGACAAUCUCGAAAUGGCGGACGGCGACACGCUCGAGGUUCAUCAGGAGCAGGUUGGCGGCGGUCCCUUCUAG